AUGACAUCGUUAAAUACAGCUAUAAGUUUUCUUUCACAUAUUGGUUUUUCACAUUCCAAUGCUGAUAGUUUAAUGAAUAAAAUGAAUAAUGAUAUGUCACGUUUAAUGAUUUGUUCAAAUAAAGAACUUAUUCAAUAUGAUCUAGCACUUGACUUACGCCUUCGUAUAUUACGUGCUAUACGUUGUUUUCAUAUGGAAAAAUGGUCCAAACACUUAAUGAAUAAUUUUAAUAAUGAUAAAAAUCUUAAUAAUAUUCAAUCAAAAAAUUAUUUAUUUGAAAAAUUAAUUUUUCAUCUAUUAAAAUAUCAUAUUUGGAUUAUUUAUACAUCAUGGACAUUAAAUUAUAUUCAAAAAUAUUUAAUAAUUACACAAAACAUGGAUCAAGAAAAUAUUCAAUUAUUCUAUGACAAGAUAAAACGAAUGCAAAAUGCGAUUAUUAAAUUAAAACAAAUGAUUAUUAUAAUUAAAAAACAUUUAUCUUAG